CGGGGUCUUGAUGUUCUGUUUGGUUAGGAGAAGCCGUAGAUGAGCUCAAGCAAGGCUUCUACGCGCCGAUGAAUCCGGAUGCCCGUCGUGCGCCUCUGGACAUCAUUUCCCAGAGUACACCGCAGGCCGGCGCUACGUCUCGCGGGAUUUCAGCCGCGUCUUUACAGAUUGGCGGGACUGUUGGUUUCGCGGAUUUAGCCUUUGGUGUCCGGCGCGAUUUGGCCAUUUUGGACCGGACCGGAACUAGGGAAGGACUAGGGUCUGUCACUAAGAGGAAGAGGAAAGAAUGGUUAUUGAACAGCCAAAAGCCAAGAUCAAGUAGCCUUUAAUUGAUCCCCCUUCAUUGCCUGCCUAAAAUUCCUUUUAACACAGCAGCCGAGGAGAUUUUUCCAAAAUCCUUAGCCAUCGGAUAAUGAGAGUGUCUCACUAUACGAAGAAGGUUUGUCUGCAGCAACAGGAAUAUUCAAGAUGGAGCAGUUGGUGACUUUCAGGGAUGUGGCUGUAGACUUCUCUGAGGAGGAGUGGGACUAUCUGGACCCUGCUCAGAGGAACUUGUACAAAGACGUAAUGAUGGAGAACUACAGCAACCUAGUCUUACUAGGACUCUCUGUUUCCAAACCUGAUGUGAUUUCCUUAUUGGAGCAAGGGAAAGAGCCCUGGAUGGUUUCGAGGAAUACGGCGAGAGGAUGGUGCCCAGACUUGGAGCUCAGAUGUAAGACCAAGGAAUUAUGUCUUCGAAAAAAAAUCUAUGAAGUAACAACAUCCCAGUGGGUAAUAAUGGAAAAAAGUCAUAGAAUUGUGGGCUCCAGUGUCAGAGAUGACUGGGAAUGCAAAGGCCAGUUUGAGAGGCAAGAGAUAAAUCAGGAGAGAUAUUCGGGGCAAGCAUUAAUGACUUAUGAAAAAAUGCCAACUUGCAGCUUGCAGACACCUCUUACGCUACAUCAGCAAAUUUAUCCUGGAGAGAAACUCUAUAAAUUCAAAGAAUGUGGGAAAGACUUCAUUUAUGGCUCGGAACUUAUGCAACAACAAGGAAUUCAUAUUGGUGAGAAACUGUAUAAAUGUAAGGAAUGUGGGAAGGUCUUUAGUAAUGUUUCCUAUCUUACUGAACAUCAAAGAAUUCAUACUGGUAAGAAGCACUUUGAAUGUAAAGAAUGUGGAAAAGCUUUUAUUCGUGGCUCACAUCUUACUCAACAUCAGAGAAUUCAUACAGAUGAGAAACCCUUUGCAUGUCAAGAAUGUGGGAAGACCUUUAGACAGUCAGCACACCUUAGCCGACAUCAGAGAAUUCAUACUGGUGACAAACCUUUUACAUGUAAGGAAUGUGGGAAAUCUUUUAUUUCUGGCUCAGAGCUCACUCGACAUCAGGGAGUUCACACUGGUGAGAAACCCUAUGGUUGUAAGGAAUGUGGGAAGGCCUUUAGACUGCGUUCACAACUCGGUCUACAUCAGCGACUUCAUUCUGUCGAGAAAUCAUAUCAAUGUAGGGAAUGUGGAAUGGCCUUUAGUCGUAGUUCACAACUUACUGAACAUCAGAGAAUUCAUCCUGGUAUGAAACAUUAUGAAUGUAAAGAAUGCGGGAAGGCCUUUAUUUGUGCUUCCCAACUUUUUGAACAUCACCAAACUCAUACUGGUGAGAAAUCCUAUGAAUGUGCACAAUGUGGAAGGGCCUUUAUUUUUGCUUCACAACUUACUCAACAUCAACGAAUUCAUAUCGCCAAGAAACUCUAUAAAUGCAAGGAAUGUGAGAAGGCCUUUAUCCGUGUCUCAGAACUUGCCCGACAUCAUAGCAUUCAUACUGGUGAGAAACCCUAUGAAUGUAAGGAAUGUNGGGGCCCUCUGGCAUCCCAAGCCAGUUCUUAA